AUGCCAAGGAAGCGCAACGGAUAUGGUGAUGGCCAUGAGGGAGUUCCUUCAAAGAAGCCGAAGCGCCCUCCACCUCGUAACAGGGCUUCCCCUAACUCACUUUUGACUGCCUGUAAAGGUUUGUCUGAUGGUAGGAAAAAUGCUAUCGACGAAAUGGACUUCAAAAGCCUUCGGGAGAUCAAGUGCGGCCACCCAUUCAGUUUCCUUAGUGAAUGGCUUGCCAGGUUAUACGAGCCAAAAUCUCGUGAAGUGGUUGUUCCAGGGCGUGGCAGGAUCCCUGUUAAUGAAGAGUCGGUUCAUCGUGUGAUGGGUGUGCCCCGUGGUAGGGAGGAUGUCCCUUACAAUCUACCUACAGAAGCUGAUAUUGAGUUAGGUAUUGAGAUGUUUGGUGAGCUUGGACAUACGCCGAAGAUGACAGAUGUCCUUGAUCUUAUAACAAGUUCUGUCAAUAUUGAUGAGAAGUUCAAGCCAAUGUGGCUUAUGCUUGCCGGCAAUAUUGUCAUUGCGCCUACUACAUCCAACAAGAUUAGUCCUAGGUGGUAUGGUGUGUUGCUUUUGUACAUUGACGCGAUUGAUCUUACUGGUCUUGGUAUCGCAUUGCCCGAUGGUGCUUUUGCUAUUAAUGUUUGGACGAAAGAGAAGAUAUCUGAAGUGCUUAGUAGGGAUGUCCAAGCGGACGAAAUUUCUUAUGGGAAACUACCGUUGAAACCCCAGUUUGGCGCCGAUUUUUGCUUGUUUGGCGGUUUACAAGGUCUUGGGAAAUUCAUGCGUGUGCAUGUCCCACCAAACUGCAGUGAUGAGAAACUUGCAAAGGCUUCUGAGCUUGUCGGUCGGUUUUCGUCUGCCUUGGUUGGCCUGCUUGGCGAUCUUGUGCAAGGGUUCAUCUCCCUUGAUGAUGAAGGCAGUUCACAUGUGUCUCAUCGACUAGACACGGAUCUUAGGGGAAUUUCUUUUGGUACUCACAAUAUGGCAAAGCCCCCUCCUGCACGCCGUACCUGUCAAAUAGACAACCUUGGAAAGAAUAUUAUUGAUGAAUCGGAUACUGACAAUGAGACGCAGGAUAACGACGAUGACGACUCUGAUGAUGAUGAUGAUGAUACAGACUUUCAAGUUUUUUACCAUGGUGAAAAAGGCCAUACUGGUUCUUCUUCCUGUAGCGGGGCAGUGAACGUGGCUUCUGGCAGCGGGGUAGCAAAUGUGGACGCGCCACCCAAGCCUGCCCAACUAUCAGAUAGGGAUAUUCAUCUUUCUGUCAUGAAAUUGGUCAUCCAAGAGCUUGGGAUCCGUGUGGCUGACAAGGGCGCUGGUGAGGUCAUUCCACCCUCAACUCAGAUUAAGCAGGUUCCACGCAGGUCACCCAGCAAACAAAUUGGUACACUUGAGGCGUCAUCUAGUAUCCCACGAUCAAGUGCACCCGACAAACAAGUCUGUUCACUUGAGGCGUCAUCUACUAUCCCGAGAUCAGCCAGUCAAAUCAAAAGAAGGCUGCUACAAAGCCUUCGUCGAAGCAGCGGCUACUUGCGAAGUUGCAUCUGAUGUUGUUGAAUCUGUAAAACAACUUGCUGGAGUGGCCACCAUCACUCUUCUGUUGUUGAAGAGCUCGCCUCUGCAGCUGUUAAUGAUGAAUUGCAUGCUGAGGAAAUUCCUGCUGCAGACAUUGUCGUCACUGAAGCUGCCCAAGUGUCUGUGCCCCCUGAUGUGGGAGCGGCUGUUGCAGCAACUGGUGUUCAUGCAGAAAAAACAGCUCCAGAACUUGAUGAUGACGAAGUACUUAUGUGGUGGGAAGAAUUUGAACAUGAUAACCCAGCAGCCAAAGGAAAAGCUGUUGCCCAAGGAGGUAAUCAUUUUUUGUUACUUUGACAAUGCCAAAGUUGUGAUGCACUAUAUAAAUGUCACCUGGUAACUUUUGCCCCCAUUGUUGAUAAGUUACUUACAAACUGAUUGAUAACUUCUGAUUUCCCACUUCGUUGAACCCUUCAGAUUGUUUAACCUCUGUUUAUCAUCACCAAUCCUUUUUCUAAACCCUUCAGAAUGUUUCGCAGAGCAUUGUCAAAGCCCCACAUUUUCUACACCACACUUACCCCAACCCAAAGAGUAUAUGCAGCGCAGUGCCAUGCCUAGAUCUUUAAUUCGGAAAGUUAUUGUUACCCGCCCAUCACAAUACUAGUUGCUGCCAUAUUCGGCACUCAUCCCCAUCAAAGAGGAUGAGGCUGUUUAUGAUGAAGUUAUCAAGCACACAACUGAUUCGAACUCCAAGAUUAAGGGGUAACAAACGAGCUUUCUUAGUUUUUCAUACCUUUAUUGCAAAAAAAAUUGCCAUUCCAUUUGUUGAGUUGCUUUCCCCCUAGUAUCAUAGUUUUAGGGUAGUCGACAUCGAUGGAAGGUGGGUCACACUCGGCGAGCUUGCUGAUUGUGUGAGAAAACGGGGCAGGUUUCAACCAGUAUUAUUGAGUUGCAUGUCCGUGUUCUUCAACAUUUGGAAAUGCCAAACAAGAUUAUCUUCCCUUGGUCGCUGUCCAUAUAUCUUCUUGUUGGAGACUUCAAAUGUAAAUCCGUAAUGCAUCAUUUCCGACGGGACCAACAUUACAUUCCGAGCCACCAAUAUGAGGUACUUUCCAGUUUGUUGUCAUUCUUACAUGUUAAUAUCCAUUGCCUACAUUUUUAUUGCCAAUUUAGCGUUGAUAUAUAAUUAGUUUUCUUUCACCCAUAAUCAUGAUAAUUUUGCACUACCAAUCAUGGUAAAUUUUCUGUUUUCCUACUAUUCUCAUAAUUUCCCAGUGCUUUAUUUCAUGAUAACUUCAGUAUACAUAGUCCGGUAUCUUUGUAUUUUUCUGGUAUGGUAAAUUGAGCAUCCAAGGUCUAAUAAUAUUUCUAUCUUUUGUGUUUUCAUGGUGGCUCCAGCAUCCCUAUUCUUGUAUUUUUUAUCUUCAAUCGUAUGAUAACUUGAUUGCUUUGCAUGGUAAUUUAGCAUCUAACUUCUGGUAGUUUUUAUCUUCUCCCAUGAUAACUUUUUUAUGUGCCUUGUAUUUAAGCAUGCCUUCCUUUUUCUGUUCAUGUUACCAUUAUUGUAGCUACUAUUCCCUGCUCUACAAAAGUUGGGAGCGGCACCACAUGACAGUCAUUGGUAUGUAUUAUCGCUGAAUCUUAAGGCGAAACGAUUUGAGGUGCUAGAUUCACUUCAUGAAGAAGAUAGUCCAUCUUUAAUUGAGCACGCAACAAGGUAUAUGAACGCUAUAAAGAAGGCUUGGUUGAUUGCAUACAAGGACUCACAUAAGCAAAUUCAAGACUAUGAACUCGUGUACAUUGAUGUUCUUAAACAGGAGAACGGCAUUGAUUGUGGCUUCUUCACUCUCAUGUUUC